AUGGUUUUCACCAGAGACUCAACUGAAUCUCUCGUUUGUGAUAUUCUACAACUGAAUGUACUGAACAAAGGCCACCUCAUGUUUUCAGCAACCUUUACGCGCAUUGAAAUUGUGAAACUCUGUUAUUCUCUUGGUGAAAGCGCCACCGCUGCACUUCGUGGUUACAAAACCAAACGUGUCCAACUUUUUAUAGAAGAAAAAGGCGGCUUUUUCAAUAUUUUUGUAAUACUAACCAAGAUAAUCGCUCCAGAAGGUGAUUUCUAUUCACCUUCCACAAAUCUGAAUGUGCUGCACAAAGGCCACCUCAUUUUCCAGUUGGUACGCCAUUCGAGAAAUCGUACACGUGGACAGUUGACUACCGGUUUUGCCUUUCUCGGCUUUCCAGAGUAG